CCCUCUUACACUUCCUUUGGUUGUUUUAAUUUUGUGACGUUAAAAAAUCCCAGCAUUUAGGCCUAAGUAACUUAUCUUGUAGAGAAUAAGUAACAUUUAUCAGGCCGAUCAUUAUUUUUUACAAUUUAGCACAGUUUUUACUAUUUAACUACAUUCUACAAGUUAUAAGAAGAUUCUAUAUUCAUGCUUAUUUAAAGCGUUGUUGUUUUGAAAAUGGAUUCUGAUGGAUUGCCACUUGUUGGUCCUGGAAUAGAUUAUACAAAAGUUGAAGCCAUCAACCAAAAGAGGACCAUAGCUUUCAUCAACCAUUUUAUCACACACACUGCUCGCUUCCUUAACCAUUUUGGCAAUAUUUGUGAGGACAAACUUGAAAAUUUGCAUGGCCGGCUACAGCAGCUAGAGAUCUCACUGAGCAUACUUGAAGCUAAGCUGUCAUCAAUACCAGGCUUAGAAUCAGUGACAGCACCACAGUCCAGCACCCUGGCACCAGCUGCUACUCCAGCUCCCACAGAGAAUCCUACACCCACAGCUGCAGCACCUACAGUCCCAACACCAUCAGUACCGGCCGCACCUGUACCAGCCACGGAGCCAGCAGCACCAGUAGAGGAAGUCAAACCUCAGAACACAGUUUCACAAGAUCCAAGAUAUAUGAAAUUCUUUAAGAUGUUACAGUUUGGUGUCCCACCUCCUGCAGUCAAGGGUAAGAUGGCAAUGGAAGGCUUGAACCCAGACCUACUGGAUACACCAGAUGCCCCUGCCCCUGGUGGUGCCCCCCAGACUUCUCAAGACAGUGAAGACGAAGCCUCUGACAGUGAUGCUGAUUUCAGUGAUUAAAUUGUACUCAUGUUUAAAUAUUUUCCAUAAAAAAAAUUUUUAAGAGGAUAAAUGAAUUAUCCUCUACUUAAAUGUUGAAAUUUUUACAUUAAUUUAUUAUUCAUAAACAACUUUAACUUAUCAGAAAAUGUUUAGACAAUAUUUUUUUCUCAUUGUAUAACUAGGUUAUCCAGUUAAUAAAUUUUAUAUUUAAAAUGCUGAUUAAAACAUUUGGUUCCUUUCAAAUCAUGUUUAAUUGACCCUUGUUAUGAUAUCAAUUUUUUAAGUAUUUAGUCCGUCUGAAUUUUGUAUUGAAGAAUAAUUGCUAUGACUUAACUCAAAUGAUUCAUGGAUGUUUAUAUUUUCAAAAAGGUCUUGCUAAGCCAGAAAAUCAGGUCAUACUAAAUAACCACUUAAGAGAUACAAUAAUAAACAGAUUUCUGUUUAUAUUGUAGGAUAUGAUAAAUAUGUUUAAAAAAAAUUGGUGAUUGUUGUGUAUGAAUGUUUAUAUAUAUAUUUUUUAUUUAUGAAUUUCUUAUUUUUUCCAUCUUCGUCAAAUGACUGUCAUUACAUUUUUGUGAUACUUCUGACUUUAUUCUAAGAUAUAAAAUCAGAUGUUCUCUGUACAAGUCUAGCAUUUAAAAAAUGUUUGGUUGAUGUUUUUUGGGUAAAUUAGCAAUGGAAUACAGUGUCCUGUAAACGAAUGACAUGUGUAAUAUAUUCCAUUGGUUGUUUUUAAAACUGCUUUUCUUGUUGAUGUCAUGAUAAAAUUGUUGAAGAAUUAAUAAAUUGUACUGUUUCAGAGAUGUUUUUAAAACAAUGAUUUCCCAAAUAUACUAUGAUAUUAAACAUUGUUUU